AUGGAGGAGGCCAAGGAUCUGAAUACCAUGAAGGUAGAAGAAUUAAUGGGUUCUAUUCAAACCUUUGAACUGAAUCGACAAAUGAGACAAAAAGAAAACCCGACCAAGGUAAAAGAAAAAGAAAAAUCUAUUGCCCUGAAAGGCUUUGAGAAGAAAAAUAGACAGCUUGUUUGCCUAAACAAUACAGUUUCGGUAAAUAAAGUUACUGAUAAUACGACAUGUACUGUUGAUGUUGUUGACACUGAUUUUGAUGAAUCAGAAGCCAAUGAAGAUUCACUGGAAGAAUCUUACAAAAAAUGGUUUCAAUCAAAGGGAAAAAUUGUGUUUGUUCAAGCUCGCUCAUUACCUAUUGUAUCUUCUGAUCUAACACUACAAGUUUCUGAUCCAUCAACAUCACUGAAUGUCUCAUCAGCAAAGAGACAGAUAGACACUUUUUGCGAUGGUGUUGCAGGUAAAGUAAUUGGAAAGGGAACCCUAAAUUUUGAAGGUGUGAUUGAUAAAGAUGGAAAUUGUGUUUUAAAAGUUUUAGAUCAUUUGACAAUUGUAUUGUUUAAGGAUUACCCAAAAUGGGUAAAUAGUCUAUUGGUUGAGAUUUUAAAUGGAAAAAAAUACAAUUUCGUGUGUGUAGAUGAUUUUUCUCGUUUUACUUGGGUUGAUUUUUUAAGGGGAAAAUCUGACACUUUUGAAGCUUUCAAAACUUUGUGUUUAAAAUUAAGAGUUGAAAAAGAUUAUAAUAUUGGAAAGAUUGUUAGAUAUCGUAGGGAUCAUGGUAAAGAAGUUGAAAAUACUGCGUUUGAUGAAUUCUAUAAAUCUUGUGGUAUUUCUCAUGAAUUUUCAGCGCCCAAAACUCCUGGACAAAAUGGAGUUGUUGAAAGAGAGAAUCAUACUCUUCAAGAAAUGGCAAGAGUAAUGUUGAAUAGCAAGAAAUUGUCCAAACGAUUGUGGGAUGGAGCUAUUAAUAAUGCUUGCUAUAAAAUAAACAGUGUUUUUACAUCCAGUAGGGCAUAUCGUGUGUACAACAUGAGAAAACAAACUGUUAUGGAAUCUGCUAACAUAGUUGUUGAUGAUGUGAAAGAUUUUUCAGAAUUUUCAACAGAAGUCGAGAUGGAAAAAUUCAUGGAAAACACGCCUACUACCUCAGAUGCCCAGUAUGAUGUAUCAGAAACUUUGCCUGUUGUAACAGAAACAUCAAUUAAAUUAUCAUCAAUGGCGUCUGAUACAUCCCCAUCUGAACAGGCAGAGGCACAAAUGUCGAGAAUCAUCAAUGAUUCCAUACAUAGAGAACCCUCAAAAAGGUUGUUAUUAGUUGUUGCAUGCAUCAUGGGUUUCAAGUUGCAUCAAGUAGAUGUUAAAUCUUCCUUUUUGAAUGGCGUUUUAAAUAAAGAAGCUUUUAAUGAACAACCUAAGAGAUUUGAAGAUCCACGUUUUCCAAAUCAUGUUUUUAAGUUGAUAAAAGUUGUGUAUGGUUUGAAACAAGCCCCAUGGGCAUGGUAUGAAAGAUCUACACAAUUUUUGGUGUCUCAUAGUUAUCGAAGAUGUGGAGUAGAUAAAACACUUGUCAUUAAAAAUAUCAAGAAAGACGUAAUAAUUGCUCAGAUAUAUGUUGAUGAUAUUGUGUUUGGUUUGCAGGCCAAGCAAUCAGAAGAUGGUAUGUUCAUAUCUCAAAGUAAGUAUGCCAAAAACUUGUUGAAAAUGUUUGGGCUUGAUACUGCGAAACAUACCAAAACUCUCAUGGGAACACCAGUUAAAUUAACAAAAGAUGACAAUGAAGUUAAGUUAGAUCCCACUUUAUACCGUUGUAUGAUUGGCAGUCUUUUGUAUCUCACUGCUAGUCGUCUUGAUAUAUGUUAUAGUGUUGGGGUAUGUGCUAGUUACCAAGGAAAUCCCAUGGAGUCACAUGUGACUGCUUUAAAAAGAAGUAUUAGAUAUGUUCACAAUACUCUAGAAUAUGGGAUUUCGUACUCUAAAGAAACAAAUUCUAAUCUUGUGUGUUUUAGUGAUGUCAAUUGGGCAGGUAAUGCAGAUGACAGGAAAAGCACAAGUGGAGGGUGUUUUUAUCUAGGGGACAACUUGGUGUCAUGGCAUAGCAAAAAGCAGAAUUUCAUAUCUCUUUCUAUAGUUGAGGCUGAGUACAUUGCUAGUGGCAGUUGUUGUACUCAACUAUUAUGGAUGAAACAAAUGAUGUCUGGCUAUGGGUUUGAAUUGGACACUUUAACCAUUUCUUGUGAUAAUACCAGUGCAAUAAAUAUUUCUAAAAAUCUCAUCCAACAUUCACGCACAAAACACAUUGAUAUUAGACACAAUUUCAUUAGAGAGCUUGUUGAAAAUAAGACACUAAUCUUGGAAUACAUUGAAACAGACAAGCAAAUUGCUGAUAUUUUCACUAGGUCCCUUGAUUCAAUUCGGAACCCAUGGCAUGAACACGACGUAAGUGGUUCUGCCUCUUCAGCUUUAAAUGGUUCUGCCUCUUCAGCUUUGCCUCCGGUGGCUUCAGGAUCUACUUCGAAGUCCUCUCUCAAGACUAGGACUUGUAAAUAG